CGAGGCGGAGGCAGGAUGAAGAUGACGGUGGAUUUCGAAGAGUGUCUGAAGGACUCGCCCCGCUUCAGGGCUGCUUUGGAAGAAGUAGAAGGAGAUGUGGCAGAAUUGGAACUAAAACUUGAUAAGCUUGUGAAACUUUGUAUCGCAAUGAUUGAUACCGGAAAGGCCUUUUGUGUUGCAAAUAAACAAUUCAUGAAUGGGAUUCGAGACCUGGCACAAUAUUCUAGUAAUGAUGCUGUAGUUGAGACAAGUUUAACCAAGUUUUCUGACAGUCUUCAAGAAAUGAUAAAUUUUCACACAAUCCUAUUUGACCAAACUCAGAGAUCAAUUAAAGCACAGCUUCAGAACUUUGUUAAAGAAGAUCUUAGAAAAUUCAAAGAUGCCAAGAAGCAAUUUGAAAAAGUCAGUGAAGAAAAAGAAAAUGCAUUAGUAAAAAAUGCUCAAGUACAAAGAAACAAACAGCACGAAGUUGAGGAAGCCACAAACAUUUUGACAGCAACAAGAAAAUGUUUUCGACAUAUAGCCCUCGACUACGUACUUCAGAUUAAUGUCCUUCAAUCAAAACGAAGAUCAGAAAUCCUAAAAUCAAUGUUAUCUUUUAUGUAUGCCCAUUUGGCCUUCUUCCAUCAAGGAUAUGAUCUAUUCAGUGAACUUGGGCCCUACAUGAAGGAUCUUGGUGCACAGUUGGAUCGACUGGUUGUAGAUGCAGCAAAGGAGAAAAGAGAGAUGGAGCAAAAACAUUCCACCAUUCAACAAAAGGAUUUCUCCAGUGAUGAUUCUAAGUUAGAAUAUAAUGUAGAUGCUGCAAAUGGCAUUGUUAUGGAAGGAUAUCUGUUCAAACGAGCCAGCAAUGCCUUCAAAACUUGGAACAGACGCUGGUUUUCAAUACAGAACAAUCAGCUGGUAUACCAGAAAAAGUUUAAGGAUAACCCCACCGUGGUAGUGGAAGAUCUAAGGCUGUGCACAGUGAAACACUGUGAAGACAUAGAACGACGUUUCUGCUUUGAGGUAGUCUCUCCAACAAAAAGUUGUAUGCUUCAGGCAGAUUCUGAAAAACUGCGCCAGGCAUGGAUUAAGGCUGUUCAGACCAGUAUUGCUACUGCUUAUAGAGAGAAGGGUGAUGAAUCAGAGAAGCUGGAUAAGAAAUCAUCUCCAUCCACAGGAAGCCUGGAUUCUGGAAAUGAGUCAAAAGAUAAAUCGUUGAAAGGAGAAAGUGCACUGCAGCGAGUCCAGUGUAUCCCUGGCAAUGCCAGCUGUUGUGACUGUGGUCUGGCGGACCCACGGUGGGCCAGCAUCAACCUGGGCAUCACCCUGUGUAUCGAGUGUUCUGGGAUUCACCGGAGUCUUGGAGUUCAUUUUUCAAAAGUACGAUCUUUAACUUUAGAUACCUGGGAGCCUGAACUUUUGAAGCUUAUGUGUGAAUUGGGAAAUGAUGUUAUAAACCGAGUUUAUGAAGCUAAAGUGGAAAAAAUGGGAAUAAAGAAACCACAACCAGGACAAAGACAGGAGAAAGAGACAUAUAUCAAAGCAAAAUAUGUGGAGAGGAAAUUUGUGGAUAAAUAUUCUAUAUCAUCAUCACCUCCUGAGCAGGAAAAAAGGAUUGUCUCCAAAAGUUGCGAAGAAAAGAGGCUGAGCAUUUCUAAACUUGGGCCAGGUGACCAAGUCAGAGUACCUCCCCCAAGUUCAGUUAAAAGUAAUGAUAGUGGAAUCCAGCAGAUUUCUGAUGAUGGAAGAGAAUCUUUACCCUCGACAGUGUCUGCCAAUAGUUUAUAUGAGACUGAAGGAGAAAGGCAAGAUUCUUCUGUGUUUCUCGACUCUAAACAUCUUAAUCCGGGACUCCAGCUUUAUAGGGCUUCAUAUGAAAAAAAUCUUCCUAAAAUGGCUGAGGCUUUGGCUCAUGGUGCAGAUGUGAACUGGGCUAAUUCAGAGGAAAAUAAAGCAACACCACUUAUUCAGGCUGUAUUAGGGGGUUCUUUGGUGACUUGCGAGUUUCUUCUACAGAAUGGUGCUAAUGUGAACCAAAGAGAUGUGCAAGGGCGGGGCCCACUGCACCAUGCCACUGUCUUGGGGCACACAGGGCAGGUAUGUUUAUUCCUAAAACGAGGUGCCAAUCAACAUGCCACUGAUGAAGAAGGGAAAGACCCUUUGACUAUAGCUGUGGAAGCAGCCAAUGCUGAUAUAGUGACCUUGUUACGUUUAGCAAGAAUGAAUGAAGAGAUGCGGGAAUCAGAAGGACUUUAUGGACAGCCAGGUGAUGAAACCUACCAGGAUAUUUUUCGUGAUUUUUCCCAAAUGGCAUCCAAUAAUCCAGAGAAACUAAAUCGUUUCCAACAAGAUUCACAGAAAUUCUGAGUUUUUUUUAAAGAAGGGGAAAAGAUUAAAUUGAAUGAUCCCCUAAUGUACUAAUGUGUACGUCUGAAAACUCACAAAUUUUUACUGCCUUAAAUCUACUUAAUUUUAGUAGGUAUUGAGUGGUUUGGAAAAAAGGUACCCAUUCAUUGAUAUUUUUAUAAAUGAAAACAUAGAGUUCUAGUAGUUGGGAGAAGAACCUAAGGACCGCUUUUAUUUAAAAAAAAAAAAAAAAAGCCUGUUUAAAAGGCUAUUUUUUUAUAGAUAAAGUUAAAUCUAGACCUAGGCCAUCUCUAGGUUACAAGAUGCUAAGGUUAGACAAAAUUUCUGUUUUUUCCAAUGGUUGGUAGCAUUGGUUUUUGUUUUCCAUGCAUCGUGCCCAGGAUCAUUCAGUCAAGCAUGUCUGCAUCAAGUGGGAGCCAACUGUCCUGCCUGCCUGAAGAAUAUGUCUUGUCUUUAGCCUCCCUGAUGAUUUUUGGUGGUUCAUGUGUGGUUUUGGUAGCCUAGCUGUCAUACUCACAAUACGUAAUUUCAUUAUCAGAACUAGAGAAUAUGUUUCCCCCGUUUGCUCAUUAAUGUAGUGAUACUCCUUAGACGUCUGGUUAUUGUUGUGUACUUUAACAUACAUGUAAUGGCUGUACAAAGUAGACAGAACUCAAGUCCUUUAGAGUUACUCCAGUUUUUGAAGGAAAAGAACCCUUAACAUUUUUUUUUUUUUUAAAUCACCAAAAGAAUUCUUACUUAAAGAAAUUGUAGUCCUUCAUUGUUCGGUUGAUUUCCUAAAACCUUGACAAAUUUAUUGAUGUAAUAAAACUAUGUUUCAAAGGUUACUUGAAUGUUGCAAAAUUAUGCUUUCAUCAAAUUGUAAUUUUUAAAGGAAAAGUUGAUUUAUAAAAUAAUGUAGAACAUUUUUAUAUUUGAAAUUUGCCCUUUUCAAGAUAGAUUUUUGCUGUUGCACUGAGUGAAAGAAAAAUCUCUGAAAAAGAAAAAACUCAUGUUUUUCUUAGGUUAUACUGAACUAUAUAAUGAUAGUUUUUAAUUUUUUUCAACAUCUAUCCUGUGUACUUUUAUACACAGUGUAUAUGAUUUUAAAUUAAUACCAUCUAUAUAUAGAUAUAGUGGUUGGCUUACAUGAAACAGAGACCCUUGAAUUCCGAAACCUUACAGAUCUACUAAUUUAUCAUGUAAAUGCUAUAAAUUCGUCUGAUUCCAUCUUUGAUUAACAUAUCUUGUCAGGAGUAUAAAAUAAGUAAUUUGCCUUAUGGUUUCUAAUAAUUGUCAACAAUUAAAUUUAAUCUUUUACAAGUUACAUGUAAGUAAUAUUAUUGAUACCCAAAUUCUAAAUAAGAAUUUUAAAAAUUUGGGUUAUCAAACAAGUAGAAAGAUUACAUUUAAUUUGGCAGAUAAUAAGUUUUCUAACAUUCUUCCCCCCAAUAACUAGAGUUUUAUAAGUUGAUUGAAUGUCAAAUGAGGAUUUGUUUAAAUAGGAAUUACACUGAAGUAAAUUCAUGUCACAGAAAAGUUUCCAUAUUUGUUUCCAAAUUGUGUGCAUAUAAUGCUUAUUUAGUAAUAAUCACAGUGUAUUAGAUAAGGAUAAAAUAUAUUUAUGAAAUAUUUCUAAGAAAAUACUACCACAGCCUGUAUUUUAAUUGCAACAAUAACAGGAACAUUAUGAAAUCUUCCCUGUUUCACCUCAUAGUCACAGGUCAUCUGGCUUUGCAAAAGUCUGGUUUGUAAACCUUUUUAUUAGAGUGUACUUUGAAAUUGUCCAAAAAGUUCAAGGAUAAGGAAAUAUGUUUAAAACAAACCAAAAGAAAAAGAGGGCCUCACCUUUCCUUUGUAGUGCCUAUUCCUGAAUAAUAAGUAAUAAUAUGUGAAAUUAUUCCUAAGCCUGGUAGAAUUAGAAUAUAGACUUCCUGUUUAAUCGUAGGGCUUCACUUCUGAAGCUCCUAACCUUUAUCUGGGAAGCCUGGACAGUUUGGCUUUUGGAUCCAGCCGUUGGGUGCUUCAGAUCACCUCCGGGAUCUCUCCUUGUGACGGCAGUUCCUUAUGACACUCUUAACUCCUGUGGCUUGAAUCAUGAGUUGUUAAUGUGGUAGUAAUUAGUGUCUACCUAAAUUUAAUGGUUAGAGAUGUAUUUGAAGGGUACUCACUUUAAAGAUGAUCGUGGUUCUGAAUAUCUUCAGAGAAAGCUAAAUCUUUUAACAGUAUACUGAGCCUGGCAAUACGAAAAUACAUUCCUGUGGCUUGAUUUCUUGAACAUGCCAAGACUCAGUUUGGAUGAAAUUUGGCAGAAAUGAUGCAGUAAAUAUAGCAAGGCUUUAAAGUCAAUUACUAGUGUUACAUAGUCACAAAGUAGAUUGGCUCUUACCAAGGUGAAUUUAGCUGUGUCAACUAAUAGCUUUUAUAUAGUAUAUAACAAAUCUGAGUUUUAUUAUGCUGUGAAUUAUUCAAUGCAUUAUGAGAAAUUAUAGUGUAAACAAUGUUAAUCAUACUUUUGGGCUUCAUAAGUCAAUGUGCUUGCCCUUUGUUUUCUUUCCCUAACUGAUCUGCUUAUAUUAGUUUCUGAUUCCUAGUCAGUAUUCUAUUAGUUCAUUAUCAUUACGCAAUAACUUAAAAGCUAGAUUAACAUCAAAAUAACAAUAGCAGUACUAACUACGAAGAGCUCAUACAAUGCAGUCUCACACGCUAGAACUAGACUAAAGUAAUUGAGUAGUUAUUUGCAGUGUUUCCUUGUAACACCUAUAUGUUUAAGAUUUCUAAGGUAUUUAAAAAUUACCUUUGUUACAAUCCUUAGAAAUACAGAAAUUUCCAGGGAUUCACUACAUUACAGUGUUUGCCUAAUUUAUACUGGUCUUCACUAUUGAUUUUAAUGAACUUUGAUGUUUACUUUCCAAAACAUAAUUUAAUUUGGAAUAUGUACUUUGGUUCUUCAUGAGUGCAUUUUGGAAAAAAAAAAAAUUAUACCUUCGCAGGCUGGACAACUUCAGUUUGUGAUGUGUUAAGCAGUAUUUUAAAAAUAUAAUUCUACACAUGUAAAGUAUAGACAUGACAAUAAACCAAAUUGUAUUUAAGACUAAAUUUACUACCCAUUUUGGAUAAUAAGAGAUUCCCAUACCACUCUUAUAUUGCCAUAUUAACUUUUCUGUUUGUUAGCACUUUUGACCAUGGACAGGAGCAGGAAAAAGGAUAUAUUUUUAUAGAAUUAUUAUGUCCAGAAUGACUUCAGACCUGCAUGAUACAGUGCAAAGAGCACUGACUAGUAGUUACUCUCCUUUUUGGAUUCAGAGCUUCUCACAAAUAAAAUGAGUGGAUGAAACAUGGUAAAACUAUCACAGCAUCCCUUUGUCUUCUCUUCUGCUCGCAGUGUACUUUGAUACUACUCUGUCUCACCCGAUUCUUACACUAGGACUUCUGAAGAAUGCCGUCGUUUCUCUUCUUUGAUCCUGGGCUGCUCCUCUUGUUUUACAGAGGGGAGCCAUUGAUUUUCUCAUCGGUGGCACAGCUGACACCAGAACCCCUGUCUGACUACUAGUCAGAGGCACUUUACUUGUAUCAUGAAAUAAAUUGAAAUCAUUAUAAAGCUGCAAAAUCUGAUAAUGCCUGCCAGCUUUCCUUGUGUUUUGAUAACAAAGACUGCAAAUAUUCUGAAGAACCUGGAUAUAAAAUUAUCUUGAAGGAAUAGAUUAGGAUUUGAAGCCAUUAAAUUAUAGGAAAUAUUACAUUUUUGUAAUGACAAACAUUAAUAAAAGCAAAACAUGGUAAGGUCAUUUUAAUUCACCAUAUACUUACCAAAGUCUUGAUGUUUCCAAAUGAAAGGUAACCUAGGGCUUGGAUUCAGUUUGGCUGAAUCCUAACAUCUAUAAAUACGAUUCUGUGGACAUCUUUUUCCAUUUACAUACGUUUAUCCACUUAAAUAAGGAGAAGGAAGCAAGGUUUGAUUAAAUAAACUUUUCUCUGCAUUGGUCUUUUCACUGACUUGUGUUCUAGAUUUUCUUAUUUUUCCUCAACAACCCCCUGCUUUGGCUGUUAAUUUUAAACAGGGAAAGCUUGCUACAUUAUAAAUAUUGCUGGCAACAUUUAUUUUACACAAAGGCCUAAAGGUUAACUUUUGGAAAUGAUGAGCUACCUUUCUAUAUGUGUUUACUUGUGCUUUGUGAUAUUUCUGGAUCAUUCCAGUCAUAAAGACUUAUUACAUGUAAUAUUUCUUGCUACCUGUGAAAAGGAAUAUUUUAAAGAAUGUAUAACCAACACUCCAUUUACUUUUUAUUAGUAUGUAGAGGAUUUGUAUCUAAUUCAUGAAUGUAGUUUUACUGUAGUUUGUCAUUGUAAAUGGAACAAAAGUACAUUAUCUUUAUAGUUAUUCUAAAAUGUACAUUAUGUAAGAAUUGUAAAUAUUAUACUUGAUUAAAUACUUUGUAUGCUGAAGAAUUAUGAUAAUAAGUCAAUAAAAAUCUCACCUCUGGCAUA